AUGUUUCACUCUUUCCCCCUGUUCCUGCUAACAGCAGGCUUGAUACCUUGGGCGGCAGCUCAGGAUGCGACGACCGUUGAUCUUGCCUCUGCCCAAAUACUCACAGACCCUUUCCCCUACCAGUACCCCAAUGAAGAUGCAGCACCUGAGGCAUUGUUCCCAAUGCCGCCGUGCAAAGGUAUCACUUUGGAAGAGGCGACGAUCGACCAGCUGCAGGGCUACAUGAGUGACGGGGCUCUCACUGCUGUUGACAUCGUCAUGUGCUACUUCGCUCGGUACACCCAGGUGAACGGCUAUGUGAACGGCAUCCUUCAAUGGAACCCAGACGCUCUUGAGAUCGCCCAGGUCCUGGACGCCGAACGAGCUGCGGGACGAGUCAGAGGUCCGCUGCACGGUAUCCCAUACCUGGUCAAGGACAACAUCGCCACAAAGGACAAGAUGGACACCACGGCCGGGUCCUGGAUGUUGGUGGGGAGUAUCGUGCCUCGGGACGCCCAUGUGGUGAUGAAGUUGAGGAAUGCCGGCGCCUUGCUGCUGGGCCAUGCGACGCUCUCAGAGUGGGCAGACAUGCGAUCCAACAGCUAUUCCGAGGGGUACAGUGCGCGCGGCGGUCAGGCUCGAAGUCCCUACAACCUGACCGCCAAUCCCGGCGGAAGCAGCUCAGGGUCAGCCGCGGCCGUGGCGGCCAAUCAAGCCAUGUUUGCCCUUGGAACCGAGACUGAUGGGUCAGUCAUCAGCCCUGCCGAACGUGCAUCGAUAUGCGGCAUCAAGCCGACCGUCGGUCUCACGUCUCGUGCCGGCGUUAUCCCGGAGUCGACCCACCAAGAUACAGUCGGAACCUUCGGUCGAACUAUGCGCGAUGCCACCUACGCGCUCGACGCUAUUUACGGGCCGGACGACCGCGAUAACUACACACUCGCUCAAGCGGGGAAGACACCCCCGGGAGGAUACGUACAGUAUCUAACCGACAAGUCCGCCCUGCAAGGUGCGGUAUUUGGUUUACCCUGGGCUAGUUUCUGGGCCCUCAACGACCCGGAUCAAAAUGCAGACCUGCUCGAGCUGAUCAGCUUGAUUGAGGGAGCCGGUGCAACGAUCAUAAAUGGAACCGAGUUGCCCAACUAUCAGACUAUCGUGAGCCCAGACGGCUGGGACUGGGACUAUGGCGGCACUCGAGGCUACCCCAACGAAAGCGAAUACACAGUUGUCAAGGUAGACUUCUACAACAACAUCAAAACAUACCUCUCGGAACUGAGCAACACGCCAAUCCGCUCCCUCGAAGACAUCGUGCAAUACAAUCUCGACAACGUAGGCAGCGAGGGGGGCAAGCCCGGGGUCCACCCAGCUUUCCGUUCCGGCCAAGACGGAUUCCUAGCGUCGCUCGACAGCAAAGGCAUCAUGGACGACACAUAUUUCCAGGCAUUGGAGUUCUGCCAGCGCUCGACGCGCGAGGAAGGCAUCGACGCCGCGCUGAACCCGCUACUUCCCAACGGCACGCGUGUCGCCCUCGAUGCGUUGCUGGUCCCUCCUGACCUCGGCCAGACGUACCAGAUCGCCGCGCAGGCUGGAUAUCCUGUGAUCACUGUGCCUGCGGGCGUGGGUGGGGAGAGUGAAAUGCCUUUCGGGCUCGCACUGAUGGGUACGGCGUGGAGCGAGGGGCCGCUUAUCAAGUGGGCGAGCGCCAUUGAGGAUUUGCAACUCAGCUCAGAGACCCCUUGGAAGAGACAGAAGCCUCAAUGGGGCGACUACCUGUCAAGGGCUCUGCCUAUAGUAUAG